UUGCGCUUGUGUUGGGGUUGCACAAAAGAAAACAUUCACCCUGUGAUAUUGAAAUGGCGGAUGAAAUUUUACUGCUGCUGUCAAUGCUAUUGUGUUUAAAAGAAUAUUUAUAAGAAAAAAGGUCUAAAUCUAAUCUGAUAACAAUAAAACUAACGGGUGUCAGAUGUAUGAAAAAUCCGAAGAGAACAUUGAUGAGAUGAAACGCGCAUCUCGGCUGGCCACUAUUAAAAAUAAAAUGGGCUGAAAUAUAUUUUGUUGUUUUUUUUUGCGUUUUGUUCUUUUUACUUAAAUUCACUUAUCUCUUUGAAUUAAUAAAUGAAGAGUGCUGUGUGUUCGUUAUUACUUUCAUAUGUGAUAUACACUGCGUGAUGGAAAUCGACGUUACUCCUGAAGUAGUUAAAGAUAAAGUGGAUAUAACCCAAGAAAAUGUGCCUGAAGACAAUGUAAAUUUUAAUAAUAUCUCAUCAAGUACAACAUCAGACAAAGAAAGUGGAAGACAUAACAAGAAAGUGAUCAAACAUGCAUUACGACAACAAGCUAAGAGAAGACGGAAGAACACAACAAUUGCUUCAGGGAAUACAGUCUCUGUGCCAAGGAUUAUAGUGAAGCCUUUACCACCACAGCCUGUUGAAGAUGUGAACCCAAUUAGUUCUAUAAAGACUCCUACAAUGAAAGAAGUACUAGCAUCAAUACCUGGGUUCAGUAUUAAACCUAGAAAAAGAUCAAAUAAAAAAUUAUCAACAGCAGCUCAAUUGGAACAAACUAAAGAAGGCUGCAUAGACCUAGAAACCCCAGAUUCAAUCCUAGUGAAUACAACACUUCGCGCCUUAUUAAACAAGUACACAUUUGCUGCUUUACCUCCAUUAUACCAACACAAAUUAGUGCAAUUAUUACCUAGCGUAGAUCGUCAAAUACUUACAAACGCUACUGACGCUGUUCGGUUAACGUCAUCUUCUUUGAACAAUGAAUUCUUUGCCAGGGCAUGUCUUGAAUGGCAAGAACGUCUGUCAGAAGGAGAAUUCACACCAGAGAACCAACAAAAGUUGAAAACUGAAGCUGACAAAGAGAGAAGCAGAUUGGACCCAUGGAAAUUGAAACACUUUGAACCUAUUUGGGGAGAUAGAACUAAUUCUGAAACUGAAAUGAUCAGCAGACCUCCAAUAAGAACAACUAUAAAGCUUCGUCCUUCAACGUCACUAUCCAAACCUAAACCACCUUUACCAUCUCCUAUGAAGCGACUGCGGACAGUAGGUGCUAUGACUCGCAGCUGUACUAAUUUCAAGAUUGAGGAGACGGUAGAAUCUAAACCUACACAAAUACCCGAUUUACUCCCUAUCCGACAACCUAAAGUGCCCAAAACUGAGAUUCCAAUUCAGACAUCAAGUGCUGAAGCCAAACCUGAACAGAUGUUGGACACUCAAAAUAAUUUAAGUAGUUUACCAGAAAUAUCAAUAAUUAAUGUAAGUGAUUCUAUUAUAAAUACGAAUAGCGAGACAAUCAUUACCAGCGGUUACGGAAAGGAGAAACGGCGACGUUCCCUCAGUUCUGAAGGUCGAUCACCAAAACGUAAAACACCAAGUCCCACACAUUCUCAAGAUUUGGAGAUUUUUGCUAUACAACCAGAACCACCACCUCAUCUUCUACCUGAACCGGAAAAUUCACCACAAAUGUCUGAAGACAUACCAAUUGACCAGGAAGAUGAUACUGCUAAAAGUGAAAAUGAAACCAAUCUUAUUUCUAUGGAAGAUGACGAUGAUUCGGAAGAUAGAUGUUAUUCACGUGAAUCUGAGGAAGAUUCACAAACUUCCGAAGUUGCAACUCCGUCUGAAGAUAUGAAGAACGAUGUUGAUGAUGUAAUAGACACUGAACUCGAUGCAGAAGUGGAGUCUUCACUUCUGCCUGCUGUAGCUACAUUACCUUCCAUAAGUGAGACAAAUUCAUCUUCUGCGUCAUCUCCGUGGCAUCAACAAGAAACAGAAUGUGAAAAUACGAAAAACGACAUAGAACAAAUCGGCGAUGAUUUGCCGCAUUCUAAAGAAUCAAAUACAGUCAAAUUUCCUGAAGUUCUUCCAAAUACGUUAAUUAUUCAACAGGAAUCGAUUUCAUUACCUAAAGAAGUUGAGGAUUAUAGUGCGAAAGUUGUUGAUGAGUCCGAGUUGGUUUUAUCGCAAUUAACGGAAAAUAAUUUUCACCAAGAAGAUGUAUGCACAGAUGACAAUGAAGACAGGUUUAUCGAUGCUGAAAAUUACGUUCUCGAAUCUGGCCAAAUAUCAGCUACAGAAAAAGUUGAAGAAAAGAUCGCACCAGUCGAAGACAUACAAGCAGCAUUAUUUUCAGAGGUGAACACAGUAGAAGACUGUUGGGAUGUUGUGGAUUCGAGUACUGAAAAAUUGUUGGAGGUGCCAUUACAUGCAUUGGAUUCUGUUCCUGUUGGUCUAGUUGGUACUGUAAACACAACUGAACAUGUAGAAGUAAUUCCUAUGCAGGAAGAAUUGGAAGUUAGAUUGGAAGAAGGAACAUUCCCUGUUCCUACAGAUUGGCCAUAUGGAGUUAAAAUGGAUUCAGAUAUGGUAGCAGCUGCAUUAGGUGUCAAUACUGAAACACCAGCUCCAGUUUCAGAUAAUUCCAGUCAAAACCAAUAUAUUGAAUAUCAAGGCAAUCAAGUAAAAUUAGAAUUGGAAGUAACAUUAACACCUGAAAUUGUUAGUCCCGACAGUUUGGUUACUAGUACUGUUCGAGGAUCUGGGAAUGGAUCAAGUUCUACAGUAACACCUUCGAUAAGCAAGGGCGUCACCACGGUGAUACCGCCCACCACUAUUGUCUGCCUACCCUCCGUUGUUAGUACUGCAUCAAUAACAAAUCAGGGUGUCCUCAGCGUUCCGCAUAUUACACCUAAUGUUCCUCUGCCCAGAGCGGGAAUGGUGCAAAGUUCAAGUGCACUACCAUAUCUCGCUUUAAGCACAAGCCAGCCUAUUAGGGCAGUGUCAACACAUACAAAAGUGAAACCGAAAUCGACUCAAAGUGGAAGUAAUAGAAAUCGCAGCAGUAACAAACCACCUCCAGGAGCAGUUAAUUUGGAACGUAGUUACCAAAUUUGUCAGGCAGUUAUUCAGAAUAGUCCAAAUAGGGAUCAACUGCGGUGCCAAUUGAAACCACCGCCUUCAUUAUUAGCUGCUAAUAUCAAUGCAAAAAAAGUUGAAAAUAACAGGACGCAGUAUGGCAAUGUUAGUUCUUCAAGGGGAAAUAAAACGUUCACACCGCCUCUUCCAGCUUCCGGUACUUACAAUAUGGUUACUAGUAAUAAUGGAGUUAAAAUGAAAACUAGACCAGCUCCUUACCAACAACAAGCAAGACAACCAAGUCCUCCUGUUGUUGUAAGACAUGUAUUUACUUCUGGUCAAGGCAUUCCAGUUACAAUGGCUGUACUACCUCAGGCUCAAGCCCUCAGUCCAGAAGUGGUUGAUGCACAAAACCAGAUGGGACACGUGGGGCAGUAUAUCUUAGUGCAGCGAGCAGGUGUAGGUGACCCUCACAUUCCGCGUUCAUCCAGCGCUCCACCUGCCCAACAACAGAUCGGGGCAAUAAAUACGGGAGGAAUGGUUUCUAUCGGGGGCGGUGGAAGAGGGAGACCGGCUAGCGUGGACAUCGAACAUCCAGCAAUGCAACCUUCUAACGACUUCUUAGUGCAGUGUCCGAAUCCUGGAACGCAAGCGAUCACGCGGAGACAAAGAGUUCAACAAGGGAUUGUGUAUGGGGACGUGGGAGUAGGCGAAAAUCAGUUACAAAAUUACACCAUAAUUGGUGAUAAUCUGAUGGUGGAUCAUCCGGCCGCGUUACUGAAACCGAAGAAAGCCGAUGCAUGCCCUUGCAAUUUGAAGGCAAUGGUGAUGUGCUCCAAAUGCGGGGCGUUUUGCCACGACGACUGUAUAUCCCCAAAUAAGCUUUGCAGCACAUGCUUCAUACGGUAGGUAGCCCGAAUUGAUCAACCAUAAAAUAUACACCCCUCGCUCUCAGCUGCAAAUUUAUUUUGCUCUGAGCAAACUAGUUCAUCCCUAUUUUGUGAAAAUUCUCAACUAUCCAAAAAAAUCUCAUUUUUAAAGAAGUUCCUUAUUUAUU